AUGAAACCUGCACAUAAUGUGUCUGAAUUUGUUUUACUGGGACUUUCUCAAAGCCAGGAGACAGAAAAAAUCUGUUUUGUGCUGUUUUCAGUGUUCUGUACAGUUAUUGUAGUGGGAAACCUCCUCAUCAUUAUCACUGUCAAGAGGAGUCAGAGCCUGAUUUCCCCCAUGUAUUUCUUUCUGAGCUACCUUUCCUUUGUGGACAUCUGCUACUCUACAGUUAUAGCUCCCAAAAUGAUUGCAGACUUUCUUGCUGAGAGGAAAACCAUCUCAUUCUCUUGUUGUAUGACACAGCUCUUCUUUUGCCAUUUCCUUGGUGGUACUGAGGUAUUCCUCCUCACAGUGAUGGCUUAUGAUCGGUACAUUGCUAUCUGCAAACCACUUCAUUACAUGAACAUGAUGACUGGGCAUGUCUGUGGCUGGAUGGUAUUGGGUUCUUGGACAGGGAGCUUUCUGCAUGCCAUUAUACAGACUCUCUUGACCACUCAGCUCCCGUUCUGUGGGCCUAAUGAGAUUGAUCAUUAUCUCUGUGAUGUGCACCCUUUGUUGAAACUAGCUUGUACUGACACCUACAUUGUUGGCCUCGUUGUUGCUAAUACGAGGAUGCUUUCCUUGACCUGUUUUGUUGUGUUAGUUACAUCAUAUAUUGUGAUCUUAGUCUACUUGAGAAAGUGUUCUACAGAAGGGCGCCUCAAAGCUCUCUCCACUUGCACCUCCCACAUCACUGUAGUGGUUUUAUAUUUUGGGCCAUGUAUCUUCAUGUACUUACGACCAUCAACAACCUUCUCAGAAGAUAAGACUGUCUCUGUGUUCUACACUGUCUUCACCCCUAUGCUGAACCCGUUGAUUUAUACCCUGAGAAAUGAAGAGGUGAAAAAUGCCAUGAGAAAAAUGUGGAUCCAAAAAGUGAGCUUUGACAAUAAAUGA